AUGUCGGAGGAGGCCCCGGCGCUGGGGCGGCCGGAUUCACCGGAGCCCGCGGCUCUGGAGCGGCAGAACCUGCUGGCUGUGCGUCGGGAGAGGCUGGGCCGCGCCGGGCAGGUGGGAAAGAGGAGGAGGAGGCGGCAGGGCCGGGGUGGUGCGAGCGGGCCUCCCCUCUUCUGGCCUCUCCUCUCCCCGCAGCGCCGGUUCCCGCUCCACAGGCUGCUGGUGGUGGCCCGGCUGGGCGAGGGGACGGUGGCGGAGGAGGUGGCAGGUUAUCACAGAGAAUUGUUUGAAAAUGCAUUAGAAGACCACUCAAGAGAACAAGUCUCAGGUCUGCUACUUCUCUACUCCAGCUGUAUUCUUCAUGUAGUAGAGUCUUGCAGUAGCACAGUCCAUCUCAUCAUCCAAGAUUUAGCUUCUCUCCAAAAUCAAGGUCAUAGUGCUUUACUCCAGGAAAUUAAAGUUUUAGUGGUGGCACAUAACAUCCCCACCAGACUGUUCCCAGACUGGUACGUGGCAAUAGCAACGGCUCCCGUGACAUGUCCACAAGACUCAAUGCAAUCAGAGUCUACGGCAGAGGUGGUUGCAGAGUGCCUCACCCUCCUACUCCAACUGGCAGCCUGUAUUCAAAGUUUUGAGGAUGACAGCGAGGAUGCCAGUGAGAGUGUACAUACUCUUGCACCUGAGCUGCUAAUCCCAGCAGAGACAAUUAACUAUUUGUGUAAUGCUGAAGAAUGUGCAAGUCCAGAAGAUUUUCUGAGAAUUUAUUUAAGUCCUUCAGAACCUGCCCUGGAUUCAGGUAAACUGCAUACAGUUUGA